AUGAAUGAUCAACAAGGUCAACGAAACGAAUUGUUUAUGGACAAGAACGUUAUGGCUUGCGAGGUACCUGAGAUCAUAGUUUGCGACUACAAAGAGCUAACUUAUAACGUCGUCAAGGAUAUAUGUGUCGAUGAGGAUUCAGCCAAAGUAAAUGUGAAUCCUUUGGAAUCCAAAUCCUCAGAAGAAAGCAAGCUUGAAGAAAGUGUUGACACUAAAGAUUCUUGCAAACUCUAUCAAGAUAAUUUGAUUGUGACUGGACAAGACUCUGGUUGCGAGAAAUCGCCCCUGAGUGAUGCAGUAGCUACAUCAGUAAGUGUAUCUAAAGAAGCUUUUACCUUGGGAGAUAUUAUAUCAAUGGAGGAAUCGCAAAACCGUCCUAGAAACAACAUUGAUGGACGUGAAGAAAGUGCAACAAAAGAGGCGAAAACAGAGGAACCAAAAGCAGACAGCUUGAGAUACAUUUCCUCUGAAAUGGCAGAACCAAAGAAUCCAUUACUAAACGAUGUGCUCGAGGACUCUGAUGAUCACCAACAUCUCUUCUCAGGCAAUCUCCAAAACGGUUCCGUGGAAAGUAUUUUCUCUGAAGAAGAGUCAGGUUUUACUCAUAUAACUUACUCUGGACCCAUCUCAGUCUCCGGAAGCAUCUCUGUUCGAUCUGAUGGAAGCACAGUCAGCUCAAGAUCCUUUGCUUUCCCAAUAUUGGAAUCGGAAUGGAACAGCAGUCCUGUAAGAAUGGUGAAAGCUGAGAAGAGACCUAUUCGGAAGAAGAAAGGAUGGAGACAUUACUCUCUUCUUCUCUGUUGUAGAUUCUGA